AUGGCUGCUAUUCUGUUGAAGAGUUUGCACAGUUUGGAGUCAACGGACGAGCCAACAGUGAAGUGGAACGUUCCCCUAAGCGACGGGAAUCAUGUGAUAGAAUUCGAGCACGGGACAGCGACAGGUCGUCGAGUGGUAAAAGUGGACGGUAAGGAAUUGAUUCACAGGGACUGGAUGUUUCAACUCGUUGGGGAUGAGACCUUCAUGUUCAAUGAGAACAAGUUCGUAAUCAGAGUCGACCCAAUUCCAGGUUUAAGAUAUUCUUACACCUUGAUGGUGAAUGGAAAAAACUACAAAAAUUUCGUUCAAUCACAAUCGAAGAUUUUGCAAACCUGGCUAGCUAACGUUGGGAAUCAAGAAUACAGGAUAGUGUUAGACAAACAGGCACAAAAUGUUUGGGUAAAUGGCGAACAGGUCGAAACAGAGAACGAUUUCACCGACGAUGGCGCAGAAAUACUUUUCACGGUCGGAGAACUCCCAGCUUCUAUUAGAUCCCAGAGCUCAGGUCAAAAAGAAAUUGGAAUAAUGUACACUUUGUACAUCGACGACAUAGAAAUUGGAAAGGAAUCACUGUCGAAUGAUUCCGACGAGUCAUAG